CAAACGCUUAAAAAUCAAAUUAACAGCAACGGUUCGGCACGUGCUUCUCCACGUUUUCUGAUAGACGAUGAAUUACCCUCUGCCAUUCAAUGGAAUUAAAAACAACUCGUAUUUCGCCGAUCAGAUUAUCGAAUUCCAUAGCUUCGAUGUAAAAAUAAAUGGAGAAAUAACAUUGCUCGUGCUUUCAAUUGUGUUAUGAUCGCGGAACGUACAACGAGUCGUCGUAUACGUAGCGUGACAGCGUUUCGUGUUGACCGUUCAUCGUUGAAAGUAUAAUUUCUGAGUUAAAACAUUAUCGAUUACAUCGGCAUCUCCAUUUUUACCCAUGAAGGGAAACGAUGUGAUUUUGUUAGAUAACACGAUGUCGGGGAACAUGUUUAAUAUGGAAAUAAACAUUUUAUUUAAACAAGCAACUUGAAGCGAAGAGGACAGACACUCUUCGUUGGAACUGAACGUUCAUGGACCGACGGUAAGGGGUUGGCAAAGUUCAAGAAGAUGUACAUAUCCUCAAGAACUCAUUCUGCGCCUCCACGGGCCGACAAAGUUGACUAGGAUUCAAGUGUUAGCUCACCAGUACCUUAUCCCGGAGAAACUGGAAAUUUGGACAUCGCGGGAAGAGAAUGCCUCAGUCACAACGGAGUUCAGUUAUUUGGGUUACAUUACGUUGUCCGACAAUGCUUCAACCAUGUACAAAAGCAGGGAGCUUAAGAGCGUCGCACUUCCAGAGACAGAGGCAGUCUCCUUAAAACUGAGAUUACAUAAACCGCACAGCAAUGCGCACAAUGUUUAUCAGCAGGUUGGCCUUAUCGCUAUCAAUAUCCUCGGUGAACCUUACGGGCAAGACUUAACGGGUCAAGGGGAUGCGCCGUUCAAUCCUCACUAUACGUCUCCGUACGACGACUUAGCUUUCGAAAUGUACGUCGAUCGCGAGGUCGCCAAAAUUAUCAGACAAAUGGAGGCAAAAAAGUUACAAGCGGUCGAAGAGGAGAGGUUCGAAUACGCUUCAAAGUUAAAAGUAGCUAUGGAGAAUUUAAGAAAAGCUGGAGAACGACUUGGGAAGUACGAAUUGGAGAAAAAAUAUGCAAUCGCAUUAGAGGAUUAUGAUAAGGCCAAGGCAAAAAAAGCACAAGCGCAACAAUAUAGGCAGCAAGUCUACCAGAGCUUAGAAGUGCAAGAUCUACUUGAAAUCCAUGGCCCGCUGGAGAAAAAUAAUCAGUCUUCAGUCGAAGGUAAAGAACCGGUAUCUGUAGAUACGACAAAUACCACUGCGGCGCCCGAGGACAUUACGUCUCCCCCGAGAUUAGUGAUACCACCCAAUCGCGACGGAGCUAUAUCUCCUACUGGUCCCGCUCAUCAACCACCUGUUUCGCCUCUGCAUCAAAAACCGAAUAGUCCUGAAGUUACUGAUAGUCCUACAAAUGGAGUCAUUGAGAGGCAAAACAAUUGCAACAAGGGAUCCCUCAGACGGAAAACCAAGUCGGCAGGACCGGCACUUCGGUCUAGCUAUGAAGCUUACGAAGAGAGGACGAUUCCAGCUUUAAGACACUCGCACACGAAUGAAUUCACAAGAGAAUGUCACAUGGAGAAUACGGAGACUAAGGUGGUUUCGAAGCUGAACGACAGAGAAAAAAAGCAAGCUGCAUUACCUAUAGCCGUCUUCGGAAUGGAAAUGGUGGAGAAAUUCUAUUCGAAACAAUUCACGGACAAAGAAGAGGGGCUGAUGCAGCUAAAGGAGGAACUAAGAACAUUCGAUCCAGAAGUUUCAAAACACUCUGCAAAUAAAACAGCUAGAGCUGCGAUUUUGUUGCUGCAUAGAGCUCUCAGGGAUAAGGUCUACAGCGUGUACAGUCUAGCGGCGCAAUUAAUUAGGAUUUUCUUCUCAGAGUUUGCGACAGAUAGAGUAUCCUCCACCGAAAUCGCAAGAAGCGUAGAACGUCUUCUUCCAGAGUUGCUAACUAAAUCAGGCGACACUACUCCGAGGAUUCAUAACAUGGCAGUGCAUACGAUAUUGAGUAUGGCAGACUGCAAGUGUGUCAGGGAAUUGCAUUUAAUACCGGUGCAUUUAACGAGACCAGUUAGCAGUAGUACACACCAACGGCUGGCUCUUAGUAGGCUAGAAAUGGUGGAGCAAUUAAUUCUCAACCAUGGAAUAUCUACUGACAAACAAAGCGGACUCACGUGUCGAACGUUGUCAGAGCUAGGUUCUUCAGGCUUGCACCAUCCAGCGGAAGCAGUCAGAAAAGUUUCAGAGAGAAUUUUAGUGUUGGUGUACAAAGUGAAUCCUAGACUGGUUCGCAAACAAUUACCUCCGGACGAUGACAUAACAAGAAGAAAUUUAUUGUACCGUCAACUUUUCCAUGAGUUUGAUCUCAUCGAUCUUCAGAGGAAAAAGGAAGCGGAAGCAUGUCAUAAAACAACGACACCAACACGAACGAAGUCAACAGAGAAUAAUGUAGCGAACUUAACGAAAUCUCCUUCGAGAACAAGUCCCGUCGUUAGUACUGGAAGUUCAACGAGUAUAACAUCUCCGUCCGAGAAUAGUACAGAUCAUAAGGGAGACAAGGUGUGCAUAUUUUGCCUUUCAAAGGGGCAAGGAUAUUCAGAAGAGGGUCUGAAUAUUCAUUAUUGGAGAAGUUGUCCUAUGUUGACGAAAUGUGAAUCGUGCAAGCAAGUGGUAGAAAUUUCGUAUUUGAAUCUUCACUUAUUAAAUGAAUGUGAUAUGCGAAGCAAUUAUGUAAAAUGCGAAACGUGCAAGCUAGCUAUUCACGAAAAUUCUUUCGACGAGCAUAGAAAGAGUAAUAAGUGUACAAAACCCAUCGAAGGCUACGAUCGUUGCCCACUCUGCUCUAGUCUUGUGAAUCAAAAUAAGUGGAGGGAGCAUCUUAUGGGUGAACAUCCCUGUACAAAUAACCCACGGAACAAACUAGGGAAAAGCUGCUCGAAAUCUCCAUCCAAUUCUCAAAAUCUCGGUGGAAAGAUGACGUCCCCAACCAGUAGAGACUACUAGCAUUAAUCGUCAAUUUUAAGGACCUUGGAAUAUAACAAAUUUUAGAAAACUUUUUUUUCUUUUAUAGUUUAUCUGUAUGUUAUGAGCUGUAUGUCCAGCGUUUUUUUCAUAUUUGUACUGGCAUUUGUUUUUUUAUAGGAAAACCCGUCCUUCAUUGGUAGAUAUAUCUCUGUGUUAAAGCAAAAUUUCUAAUCGUAAGUGAAAAUCUUCUAGUCUCUAGAAUAUUAGGAAUCUUGUUAUCGACUAAAUUGAGAAUGAAAUAAGAAAAUCUAACGAUACCUCGUAUAUUGAGAUUGCGGUCGCACAAACUUUCUUGCGAUACACGUGACAAUGAAAUUCCCGUAUAUAUAUGCACAUAUAUAGAAAUUUUACGUAAUUAUAUAGAUGCGUAUAUAAACGUUUCAUAGUCACGGAUAACGAAAUUAAUGGUUAUGUAGUCGCAAUCCAAAGCGAAAACCAACGAGAUAUAGCAACAAAUACUCAUCUUUUUCAAAUUUAACAUACGGUAGUAACAAGGAGUUCCAUACAAUUUACAAACAUAUUGAACGUUAUGGCAACCGCCGUUUUUGAAUUAAUGAUUCCUCAGCAUCCGGCCAUAUUUAUAAUAUUUGUACUAUAAUCUAUCAGUCAAAUAAUAUCCUAGUGGCCGAAUAUGACAAGAAAAGGAAAGGGUAUUCGACGCUCAAAUUACUCAGAAUAAUAUAUGUAAUUUCAUAAAUUAUUUCAUAGAAAAUGGAUAGUAAACACAAAAUUUCCCAUGACAUCAUUGUAAUUUUUUUAUCCUGUAGAAAUAUUUUAUUUCGUUGUCAUAUAGUAUGUUAAAUUAUACCAUACUAGACAUUAAACGUCUUGACGCUCUUCUUCGACUUCAACGAGUGGAGAACCGUUAUACAACUUUAAAUAAAAUAAAAAUUUUUUACUCUUAAGACAUAUUAUUAAUAUUUAUAAAGAUAUUAAACAGACAGCAAUUUAUAUUACAAAAUUGCGUAUCAUUCUUUCAAUUCGUUCGGUAUUUUUACUUCAUCGGCUUCAUUUGAAUUGUCCUUUUUUUCAGUAACUUCGUUUUCAUCAGCAUUUGGUUCGUUAGCAAUUUUCGAUUUAUUAGUAGUUUCCAAUUCUUUUGUUUCUUCCAAUUUAUUAGUACUAUCUAAUUUUCUCGUUUCUUCCGAUUUAUUAGUAGUUUCUAAUUCGUUUACUUCCUCCGACUUAUUAAUAGUUUCUGAUUCUGUUGUUUCUUCCGAUUUAUUAAUAAUUUCUAAUUUAUCAGUAUCUUCUUCAUUACUCGCUUCUUCAACUGCAAGAGAUUCCCGGUUCUCCUUAAAUUUGUUUUUCUCUGCAAUACAAAAUUUGUAACAGAGAAAAUAUUAUAAGUAGAAUACUAUAUAUUUCUUAAAUAUGUACCGAAUUUUGAACAAUCAGCUCCUAGCAAACGUAAAUAAUGUAUCGCAUCAAUCAAUGGAACAUAAGCCCUCAGAGACAUAGUACCUCUCCAUCCCACGAUUUUUAAUUUCAAUGGAUUUGGAUUUUCAGACUCUUUUUCUUCAUAAAUGAGAACGCAACUUCCAGUCGCUAAAUUAAAAAAGAUCGA